GCCCUUUAAUUUUCCCAAGGAAAAAAGAAAAGGAAACAUUGAUUCAUCAUGUCUACCCUUACCUGGCCAAUCAAAAUUCCUAAUAACAGCUUUGUAUCUUCUAUUCCAGCUUUUAAUGGCAUAAUAGUAAUUAGGCCUUGUUUAUUACAAUGCAAUACUCAGGUUAACUGUGAUCAUACUCGAUUACUUACAACUGUUAAUCGACGGUCUGGAAACUACGAGCCUCCCGUUUGGGGUUUCGAUUUCGUUCAGUCAUUGACCAGUAAAUAUAAGGAAGAGAGAUAUUUGAAGAGGGGUUGUGAGUUGGUGGAGCAAGUGAAGAAGAUGUUAUUAGUGGAUGAACAAAUAUUAAUUCAGAAAUUGGAGUUGAUUGAUAAUUUACAGAGGCUUGGUAUAUCUUAUCAUUUUGAAGAACAAAUCCACCAAAUAUUGAGUUGUUUAUACAAUGAUGGAAAUAAAUAUUACUAUCAAAGGGAUUUGUACUCGGCAGCACUUGGAUUCAGACUCCUCAGACAACACGGUUUUAGCGUCUCCCAAGAUGUGUUUAAUAGUUUCAAGAACGAGUCCGGUGAUUCUUUUAAGGCGAGUCUUGGAGACAAUAUUAAUACCGAAGGAUUGUUGCAACUUUAUGAAGCUUCUUUUCUGAUGAGACGUGGCGAAAGCACAUUGGAGGUAGCUAGAGAAUUUGCCGCCAAUUUAUUGCGGAAAAAACUUGAUCGAGUUGAUGACGAAGAUGUUUUAUUAUUAAUGGCCGUUCGACAUGCAUUGGAGCUCCCAAUUCAUUGGAGGGUUCAAAGGCCAAAUGCAAGAUGGUUCAUCAAACAAUUCUAUGCGAAAAAACCAGACAUGAAUCCAACUAUGCUCGAGCUUGCCAAACUCGACUUCAACAUUGUUCAAGCAAAGCACCAAAAAGAACUCAAACAUCUCUCAAGUUGGUGGGAGGAAACAGGGCUUGCUAAAAUAUUACCAUUCGCGAGGGAUAGGUUGAUCGAGAAUUACCUAUGGACCAUCGGUGGGUUGUUCGAGCCUCAAUAUGGAUAUUCAAGAAUCAUGGCAACCAAGGUCAAUGUCUUUAUUACAAUAAUCGACGAUAUAUUCGAUGUUUACGGUACUUUGGAAGAACUAGAGAUCUUCAAUGACGUCAUUCAAAGAUGGGACAUUGAAGGAAUCGACAAACUCCCGCACUAUAUGCAGAUGUGUUUUCUAGCUCUCAACAACUUCGUCGACGAAUUGUCGUACAAUGUUCUCAAACAACAACGAUUUCUCGUCAUCCCACAUUUGAGAAAAUCAGUAAUUAGAAUUAUAUUAAUUUCUAGUUAUUUACUCCAAAUUAAAAAAUAUUUGAUUAUUGAUUUAUAUAUAAACUUAAUUUUGCAGUGGGCAGAUCUAUGCAUGGCAUAUCUACUAGAGGCGAAGUGGUACUCGAAAGGGUACACACCGACACUCGAAGAAUACAUCAACAAUGCAUGGAUUUCGAUAUCUGCUCCUGUAAUACUCUCUCAUGCAUUUUUUCUUGUGACGAAUCCAAUAAACAAAGAAGCCGUUCGAAGCUUGUACGAAUACCACAACAUAGUUCGAUUUUCGGCAAUGAUUCUACGCCUUGCAAACGACCUUGGAACAUCACCGGAUGAGAUGAAAAGAGGAGAUGUUCCGAAAUCGAUCGAGUGUUACAUGAAUGAAAGCGGUGUUGGUAGAGAAGAGGCGGAAGAGUAUGUAAGGUGUUUGAUAAAUGAGACGUGGAAAGAGAUGAACGAAGAAUUACGAGUUAUUACAGAUUCGCCAUUAUUCGAACGAGAUUUUGUGAGAAGUGCGGUUGAUCUAGGGAGAAUGGCACAGUACAUGUAUCAACAUGGAGAUGGGCAUGGAAUUCAAUUUCCUCAGAUGAAGGAACGUAUUAUAAGUUUGUUGUUUGAGCCCUUUUGUGUGUAAACAUUAUUUGACUAGCUAGUAUAACUAAUACGGCUUAUUGCAAUCAAGACCACUGUGUUAUAUCGAAGUGCUA